UCAAAAAAUUAUUAUUUGGAAAAAAAAUAGGGGGAGUUUAAAAGUUACUAUUAUUUACCCUAUGACUCCAUUGAUUGAGGUUAAGAAGAAAAAAAGGGAGUGGAAGUCGGUAAUUAGUGGAUCCCCAUUUCAACUUCGUCCCUGUAAUUCCUUCAGAUCCAUGGCAACUGGAACUUCUUCAUCGUCUUCACUUCCUGCUGAUGAAGAAGAAGAGGAGAUACUGAUGCUAUACGGGUCCGAAUCAGGUUGGGUUGAGGCCAAAAGUCACUGUGAUCACCUGGCUUCUUUGUCCUCUGAUCUCACCCAUAUUCCAACUCCUGAUACUCCUUGCAACAGGUGCCAACAUCCAGCAGAGAACUGGCUAUGUUUGUGCUGCAAGGAGGUUCUUUGCAGUCGAUUUGUUAAUAAGCACAUGCUCGAGCAUCACAAGCUGACUGAUCACUCUUUAGCCCUCAGCUUUAGUGAUCUAUCAGUAUGGUGUUUCUCCUGCAAUGCGUAUUUAGAUGCUCAAGUUAUAAUGCCGUUGCAGUCUGUUCAUUUCACUGCCUACGUACUGAAGUUUAAUGAGCCUCCACCUUUACGAGCAGUGGAGUGUGUACAUAUUACAGAUAACAAAGCAGACGGUUCUUCUACUUCUGGGAAUUAAUCCUUUGUUCUUCUCUUUGAUGCCUGUGAUGUUUAGCGAAAACUAAUUUGGAUCAUGGUGUUUUUAUCUCGAUGUUGGCACAUUAACUUCUUAUUUCUGUGCUUCGUAAGCAAAAUAGUUUCUUGAGGGAAGAGGAACAAUGUAAAAUCUGUCUCAACUCUAAGGAAAUAUAAUUAGAGUUUAGAACUGUCUGGCUGCUGGUAGAAAUUGGGUUGCCCAAUUCUGGACAUCUUUGUUAAAGGCUUGCAAAAUUGACUCAAGAAGAGGUUAUUAAGUACUUGUGUAAAGUGGAUAUGAUUAUACUUUUCAAAAUUGCAAAGGGGUAAAGAAACGGAAAUUGAAGAGAGCUCAA